AUGAAAAAGGAAGGCAGGCCUCGCAUAGACACUAACAAGACGUGCGACUCAGAGAAAGUGGAGGAAUUUGCACGCGUGCUUGAGGAAUCCCUCCCAGGCCCUCCCGAUGCCAGUGCCCUCGAGCGGUGGGAGCACUUCAGAGAUACCAUGUACAAUGCUACCAUGACCACCUUUGGCAAGAAGACCCUCAACGAAUGCAACUUGCCUGUAGCAAAGCCCAGCAGUGUGCCAGGCAAUGCACCAACGACUACUGGCUUCAGCUCUGCUCCCAGACACAGCUGGCAGCAGACACAGGCAACAUCAAAGGCGUGUACGAUGGUAUCAAGCAGGCCCUGGGCCCAGAAGAACACAGAAGAAAAUCACCCCUUGAAGCCUGCCACAGGGGAGGUAAUCCAGGACUGGACGCAACAGAUGGAGCGCUGGGUAGAGCACUACCUUGAGCUGUACGCCAGGGAGAACAUAGUCACUGAAGACGCCCUGAAUGCCAUCAAGUGUUUGCCAAUGCUGGAGGAACUGGAUGCAGAACCAACCCUCGAUGAACUUGCCACCGGAAAAGCCCCCGGGAAGGACGGCAUACCUGCCGAGGUCUUGAAGUGCUGCAAAGGAUCACUGAUCACAGAGCUGCAUGAAAUCCUCUGUCUGUGCUGGAGAGAAGGGGAAGUGCCACAGGAUAUGAGAGAUGCAAACAUCGUCACCCUAUAUAAAAACAAAGUGCGGGUUCAGAGCCAACAGGUCUACCAACAUCAAAUACCACCGCUCGAGGGCACUGGCAUCGGGAGGGCCUGGGAGGGAUUCCUCAAGCACGUGUGCAAGGAGAAAUGCAGAGAACAGAGGCAACCUCUCUUUGUAGCCUUCAUCGAUCUGACGAAGGCCUUCGAUCUCGUCAGCAGAGAAAGCCUAUUCGAAAUCCUCCCCAAGAUCGGAUGUCCACCCAGGCUGCUCAGCAUCAUCCGAUCAUUUCAUGACAUGAAGGGCACAGUGGCCUUUGACGGCUCAACAUCAAAUGCCUUCGACAUCAGAAACGAAGUGAAACCUGGCUGCGUUCUUGCGCUGACCCUGUUCGGAAUCUUCUUCGCCGCCAUGCUGAAACAUGCCUUUUGUUCUGCCACAGAUGGCAUCUACCUCAGAACCAGGUCGGAUGGAAAGCUCUUCAACCUCUCCAGACGAAGAGCAAAGUCCAAGGCCCAGCUGAAAUGCCUGCGUGACUUCUUUGCAGAUGACGCAGCAGUCACCGCCCACUCAGCUGAGGACCUCCAGCAGUUCAUGACUCAUUUCAGCGACGCUUGUCGAGACUUCGGACUCACCAUCAGUCUGAAGAAAACACAGGACGUGGGACAGGACGUGAACUCUCCACCCAGCAUCAGCAUCUCUGAUUAUGAACUAGAAGUUGUCCAUGACUUUGUAUACUUGGGAUCCACCAUCUCCGAUUCCCUCUCCCUAGACACGGAGCUCAACAAGCGCAUUGGCAAAGCAGCUAUGACCAUGUCCAGACCGACAAAGAGGGUGUGGACUAACGGCAAGCUGACAGAGCACACCAAAAUCAAGGUCUACAGAGCCUGCGCCCUCAGCCCUCUCCUAUACGGCAACGAGUCCUGGACUCUGCGAGCCCAACAGGAAAGGAAGCUGAAUGCAUUCCACAUGCGCUGUCUCCGCCGCAUCCUGCACAUCACCUGGCAGGACAAGAUCACAAACAACAGCGUCCGGGAGAGAGCCGGAAUCACCAGCAUGUACACACUGCUGAAACAGAGACGCAUGCGCUGGCUGGGGCACGUGGUUUGCAUGAACGAUGGCAGGAUCCCUAAAGAUCUCAUCUACGGUGAGCUGGCACAAGGCAAACGGCCAACAGGCAGACCACAACAACGUUACAAAGACGUCUGCAAGAGAGACCUGAAGGCCAUGGAUAUCGACCUCACUACGUGGGAAGCCGCGGCCUCAGAUCGGGCGGCCUGGAGACAAACUGUGCAGAAAGAUCUGUCCAGUUUCGAACAGUCACUCGUGCAGCAGUCCGAGGCAAAACGACAGAGGAGAAAAGCUCGUGGCCAGGCAGAAUGA